AUGAAGAGGGGAAGACAAAGGACUUCCCAUGGUUCAUCAUCCAGUACAGAAAACACACCGUUGGCCAAACUCCACAUCAAAGAGAGCAAUAUGGAUAAAAACUCAAGGAAAAAAGAGGGUGACAAAUAUCUUAUUACAGACAACACCGAAAUCAGGGACAUUAUCAGUGAUUGUUUGGCAAAGUUCGAAGAUAAAUUGGACGCCAUUACAAAAUCCUUCAAAGAUUCUCUCAAACAAGUUGAGAUUUCGGUUAAAAGUCUCGAUGAAAAUAUGACCCAACUGGAUGAGAAAGUAAGUGCUCUUGAAACUGAGAACAAUGUGCUAAGAGAACAACUCAAUGUUAGCGAGCAGAGAGUACAAAGCCUACAAAGACAAGUCGAUACGGAUCACCAGAUAAUAAUAAAUCUGCAAACGAGAUCCAUGAAAGAUAACCUACUAUUUCAUAACAUUCCCGAGACUGGACCUCAAGAAAACGUGGAGAAUACACUGAGGCAGGUGCUGAUUCAACAGAUGAAGAUUCCCGCGGAAGAAACCGUGUCUUUUGAUAGGGUUCAUCGCAUUGGAUCGGUAACUAACGGACCCAAACCACGGGCAAUAAUAGCAAAAUGUACGACAUUCCAUGACAAAAGAACUGUUAUGAAAUAUACCAAAAAUCUAAAGGGGACCUACAUAAGGAUAACUGACCAGUAUCCCAAGGAGGUGGAAGAAAGAAGAAGAACGCUUUAUCCCGUCAUGAAAGAGUUAAGGGCAAAAAAUAUCAAACACAGGUUAGUGGGCGAAAAACUCUAUGUAAAUAACUCCUUAUAUACCCCAGAUGAUCGCAGGCCCGAUAACUCUCUAAAAAACCUACCAACACAUAGGAANGACAAAAGAACUGUUAUGAAAUAUACCAAAAAUCUAAAGGGGACCUACAUAAGGAUAACUGACCAGUAUCCCAAGGAGGUGGAAGAAAGAAGAAGAACGCUUUAUCCCGUCAUGAAAGAGUUAAGGGCAAAAAAUAUCAAACACAGGUUAGUGGGCGAAAAACUCUAUGUAAAUAACUCCUUAUAUAUCCCAGAUGAUCGCAAGCCCGAUAACUCUCUAAAAAAACCUACCAACACAUAG